AUGUCUGGAAGAGGCAAGACCGGAGGAAAGGCCCGCGCUAAGGCCAAGACCCGUAGCUCCCGGGCCGGACUGCAGUUCCCCGUGGGCCGUGUUCAUCGUCUUCUCCGCAAGGGAAACUACGCUGAGAGAGUGGGCGCCGGAGCUCCCGUGUACCUGGCCGCCGUGCUGGAGUACCUCACCGCUGAGAUCCUGGAGUUGGCCGGUAACGCUGCUAGGGACAACAAGAAGACCCGUAUCAUCCCCCGUCAUCUGCAGCUGGCUGUGCGAAACGACGAGGAGCUGAACAAGCUGCUCGGCGGUGUGACCAUCGCUCAGGGCGGUGUCCUGCCCAACAUCCAGGCCGUCCUGCUGCCCAAGAAGACCGGCCAGUCGGCACCGAGCACCGGCAAGGCGGGAAAGAAGGCCUCCUCUCAGUCCCAGGAGUAUUAG